AUGGGCUCCAUUGAAAACGGACACACUUCUGAGCGUGGCUUUGGGACACUGGCUGUCCACGCCGGCUCGCCUCAUGACCCAGUGACCGGCGCUGUCAUUGCUCCGAUCUCUCUGUCGACCACAUAUGCUCAGACCAGUGUCGGAAACCCCGUUGGUCUGUACGAGUACACGCGGAGCUCCAACCCCAACCGUGAUAAUUUCGAGCAAGCCAUCGCGGCUCUUGAGCAUGCUAAGUAUGCUCUGGCAUUCUCCUCCGGCUCUGCUGCUACGGCCAAUAUCCUCCAAUCUCUUGCUGCUGGCUCGCAUGUCAUUUCGGUCUCUGAUGUUUACGGCGGUACCCACCGAUACUUCACCAAGGUUGCUUCGGCGCACGGUGUCCAGGUCACCUUCACCCCCUCCAUUGAGUCGGAUGUGGAGAAGUUGAUCCGCCCCGAGACCAAGCUCGUUUGGAUCGAGACCCCCUCCAACCCGACCCUUGGCUUGGUGGAUAUCCGGGCUGUUGCCAACAUCGCCCACCAGCAUGGCAUUCAGGUUGUUGUCGAUAACACUUUCAUGAGCCCCUACGUCCAGAAUCCAUUGGACCACGGUGCCGAUAUUGUUGUUCACUCCGUAACUAAGUACAUUAAUGGCCACUCCGAUGUCCUUAUGGGCGUGGCUGCUUUUAAUUCCGAGACCCUUAAAGAGCGCCUCGGCUUCCUGCAGAAUGCGAUUGGCGCCGUCCCGUCCGCAUUCGACUGCUGGCUCGCUCACCGCGGUCUAAAGACCCUGCAUCUGCGCGCCCGCGAGGCGUCAAAGAAUGCCACUGUCAUCGCCAAGGCCCUUGAAUCCUCUCCCCACGUCAUCUCCGUCAACUACCCGGGUAUUGACUCCCACCCCCACCGCGCUAUUGCCCUCAAGCAGCACCGUGACGGUAUGGGCGGUGGUAUGCUCAGCUUCCGUAUCAAGGGAGGCCAGCAGGCUGCACACGAUUUCUGCAAGUUCACUAAGAUCUUCACCCUUGCGGAGAGUCUGGGUGGUGUUGAGAGUCUGUGCGAGGUGCCUUCCAGCAUGACCCAUGCAGGCAUUCCCAAGGAACAGCGCGAGGCGGCCGGUGUCUUCGAUGACCUUGUGCGUAUGAGCUGUGGUAUUGAGGAUGCAGUGGAUCUGCACGCUGAUGUGUUGCAGGCUCUCAGCUUGGCUGCAGUGGCUCAGAAGGCUUAA